AUGACUAUUCUUCAUGAACACAACCGAAGCCGCAGCUUGGAGGCGCUCCGUGGAGACUUCCUUCACGCCAUUACCAACACUACUGAGGGUGUUCAUUUCGCUUCUACCACCCUUCUCGAAGACAAGGAUGUCGAGAAAGAAGUUCUUGCUGCGCUUUGCCCCGCCAAGGCGAACAAGGCUACUGAUGUUGCAAUUACCCAUUUGAGCAAGCUCUUUGUCCAGUGCAACAAAUGGCUUCCUGUCCUUGAGCAGCGUGGCCCAGACAUGUACUGGAUCGUGGUUUCUUCCACCACCUCGCAGAUGCAGGGCAUCACCUUGUCGGCCACUCAGGCUAAAGCGGUGGCCUUUUCUCUUCUCCGAGCCAGACAGCGCUGGAUCAUUCGCCAGAUCAACCCUAAGUCUGCCAGCACCAACGUCAAGUCGCACCUCAUCGCUGGCAUUCAGCGUCUCCUCCAACGUUUUGAGGAAAAGGAUGAGUAUCCCGGCGCCGUCAACUGGCAGAAGGAACGAGAGUGGAAGCUGACUCAGAGAGAAAUCCGUGAUGCUAACUCGCGUCUCAUGGGCCCGGGUGGCCAGCUGUCUCGAGGCCGGAUUGGCCUUUCGUUCCACUCGCCUCAUAACUUAUACCCCAUCGGCCAGCUUUCUAGUGCGCCCAUGUUGGAGAGAAACGCUCUGGGCUUGCUUGAUAGCUGCGUGGAGAAGAUCACCCCGGCCGAAGCUGUGCAGGCUUUGCUCUCUCAUCAGACUCAGGAGGCUGCCGUUGCUGAGCAGCUAGCUUCUGCGGAGAAUGCCAAGAAGGGACAUGAAGCUACCUCAAGCUUUACCCCAGGAAAAGCUACUCAGGACGACGACGCACGCAGCGUCUCCAGCAAGUCCCCAAGCAGCCUCAUCGGCCGCGUCAUUCCUACCGCUCUGAAGACCAAGUUCAAGCCGAACUGGAUGAAGGGUCCCAGCUCCCGCAAGGACUCUGGUCAGAGCAUUGCUGAACGUCCCAAGCGAGCUCAAACUGCCGACGCUCCGCCCCAGGUCAACUCCUCGUCUACCAAGAAACGCUUCUUGAGCGAGGACACUGCUGCCCCAGCCAAGAAGCAAGUUGUGGCCAAGGGAAAAGCUCGAUCUGUUUCGAACCCCGUCGUCAGCCAGGCAUCGCUCACACCAGCCAAACCGGCUCAGGUUGCUCGCUCGGUCUCUCUACAGAUUCCCAAGUCGUCCAAGAAGUAA